UACGGUUUCAUACUGCACCGUCAGUUUGCCGGAGCAUACAGUCUAUGGUUAAAGCUAUUUCAAAAGCAGGCUAGAGAACUUUUUAACUCUGACCUCAUUGGCAUGGCUGUCACUUUUUCCAUGAUUUCUCGGUGGCGUUUUGUGAGAUCUGCCAGACUGCUGCAAGGGUUACGGUUCCCUGUUCUCCAACUGCACACAACUGGGUCAGUGAUGGGGGUGACUGUGGAAGACUUCAACCAUGCCAAGGCCCAGCUUGGUGCUCUGAAGAAGGACCCAGGCAAUGAGGUCAAGCUGAAGAUAUAUGCCCUCUUCAAACAGGCUUCUGUGGGUCCUUGUUACACCCCCAAACCAGGCAUGCUGGACUUUGUGAACAAGGCCAAGUGGGAUGCGUGGAAGUCUCUUGGAGAUGUGUCACAGGACAAGGCCAGAGAGGACUACAUCAAUCUGAUCUCGUCACUGGUAGAGGCGGAAGGGCCUGCCCAGGCUGUAGCUAAGCCUGCUGGGAGCAGUGCUGCAUUUGAGACACUGCUGGUGACUACAGAAGACAACAUCACCACCAUCCGCCUCAAUCGGCCAACAAAGAAGAAUGCCAUCACAGUCGGGAUGUACAACGAGAUUAUCAAGGCUUUGGAGCUUGCAGGAGAAGAUGACUCUGUUAUCACUGUGCUCACAGGUAGUGGAGAUUUUUACUGCAGCGGCAACGAUUUGAACAACUUCACAAAAAUUCCAGAAGGUGGAAUUGAGCAGAUGGCCAAAGACUCUGGAGAGUUGCUUAGGGGGUUUGUGAAAGCCUUCAUUGACUUCCCUAAACCUCUGAUUGGUGUCAUCAAUGGACCAGCUGUUGGAGUGUCAGUCACACUCCUUGGACUCUUUGAUGUGGUCUAUGCAACAGAACGGGCGACAUUCCAUACCCCAUUCAGCCAGCUGGGUCAAAGCCCAGAGGGCUGCUCCUCCUACACCUUUCCUAAAAUGAUGGGCGCAGCUAAGGCCGGUGAGAUGCUGCUUUUCAAUAAGAAGCUGACGGCCAGUGAGGCCUGUCAGUGUGGCUUGGUCACAGAGGUCUUCCCUGACAGCAGCUUCCAGACUGAAGUGUGGACCAGACUCAAGACCUAUGCCCAGCUGCCUCCAAACUCUCUGGCACUGUCCAAGCAGCUUGUCCGUGGGGUGGAAAAGGAACGACUCCACGCGGUCAACGACCAGGAAGUGGAGAGGCUGGUGGAACGCUGGCUGUCUGACGAAUGCAUGAACGCCAUCAUGAGCUUCUUCCAAGGCAAAGCCAAACUGUGAGUCCAGCCUGAGGAUGCCCAGGGAGUUCAACAUCCUCCUCCGUCCUUUAGACUCUGCUACUCGGACGCAUGCACUUUAACAGUCCGCAGUACUAACUAGAGUGAACUUGCUAUCAAGUGCUGCAGUUUUUGUCCCUUUUAAAAAAAAAAAAUGCCUUAAUACUAAGGUGACAUCCACCUUUAUGCGCUGUAAAAGUCAGUUUAGGACUACCGGCGGUCAUUCAGGAAUGCCAUGUUGUGUAACCUUGUGUUGAUGUUCCAUUAUGUUGUCAGUUAAACGGGAUGCCCAUAUUCCAUAUGAUCUUGUCAAGCUUCACUUGAAAUAGGAAUAUGUGUUUGGAUUACUUCUUAUGAAAACUGGAUAGUGGUUGACCAAGAUCACUGAAGUAUGAGGCUUUUUAUAUUACGGUGGACCUUGUGUUUAUUAGUAGUGCUUUAAAUGGGGGGGGGGGAAACAAGUGCAGGAACUUGGGUCACCAGAGUGCAGUCGCAGAUCAGUGGAGUUUGGGUUAAGCUGCUGACCGGUGGGGUUAGGGGGUCUUUGGGAGCUUAGGAGAAGUAGCAGAAGACUAGAAUGACGAAGCAAAACUUUUGGAAAAAGUGACGGUACACAUAUAUGAGGAGAAAAUUUUAUUCAUAAAACUGAUAUGAAUGAACACAGAAAACAUCCUCAGUUUCCAACUUGUAUUCAGAAAUAGCCUUAUUCCAAGUACUGUCAUUUAAAGCUGACCCAACUCCCUAUUUGGCAUACAAUAAAGUUGGGACUUUUGUAUAGACUUAUACAGGAAAGUGUAUGCAGUAUGUGAAGUAACACUUCAGUAGGAACUAUUGGAACCUCCAUCACAUAUUUUAACACUGUUUUUGAUCAUCUUGUGAAGUCACUUCUUUCUGUGAAAUUGACGAUUUAGGGUUAGAAGAUGAAUUUCAGAUCCAAGAUUAACUUUUCUACUUUUUAUAAGCUGUAUCUAAUGUGACAAACGAUUUUGUGAUUUCUUUCUUAUUUUAUUUGUUUGAUUUUUUUUGCAUUUGCUUUUUCAGUGUAAUUAAAAUUUAUUUUACAGUACAAUACUGGUAAUUGCGAUGCAUAGUAAUGUUUUUCUUUAGUGAUACCACUCAGUCUGUGCAUGAUUACACAUACAUCAUUACUAAUGUAUGUGCCUUUUUGCUGAAUUACCUUGUUUCUCCACAACAGUACAUCAAGUAAUGGGUAGCUAACUGUUCUGGAGGAACACUGAAACUGCUGUGUGUUCCUUCUCUGUCUGUCUUUUGUUUGUCUCUGAGGAUAUUGUUUGUCUUGAGUUUCUCUGCUGUGCUGUUAACACGUGAGAAAGACACAAUAUUUAUUUAGUUCUUUACUUGGAUGUAACAUGUAACACACAAUAAAUGUGGUUUCACUGUA